AGGGAGAGCGCCUACGUGAGAGGCAGCGCAACAUCCUGCUGCUCAAUCUCAUCCGCUCGUGCCCCCGAGUUAGCAGCUGCUGGCUUUCCUGCAUCAUGUUCAGAGCCGCCGUCCGACUCUCAGUCUCCGGUGUCCGGAGUUUAGCCCGCACGCAACGAGGGUGUCAAGCCCCUUUGGCCUCGAGGUGUUACUCGCAUGGGAAGCAGGAGACUGAUGAAGAGUUUGAUGCCCGUUGGGUCACCUAUUUCAACAAGCCAGACAUUGACGCAUGGGAGCUGAGGAAAGGAAUGAACACGUUGAUCGGUUAUGAUCUGGUACCUGAACCAAAGAUCCUUGAAGCAGCUCUGAGAGCCUGUCGGAGGUUAAAUGACUUGGCGAGCGCCAUCCGAAUUUUGGAAGCUGUCAAGGACAAAGCCGGCCCCCACAAAGAGAUCUACCCCUACCUGAUUCAGGAGCUGCGGCCCACACUAGACGAGCUUGGGAUCUCCACACCUGAAGAACUGGGCAUUGACAAAGUAUAGAGGAGUAGAUCUCUAACAACGACAGAUGUCCCCGGGACACAGAUACCUUGUACUUAAAUCUUUGCCUCGUAUAAUAUGUGUGAUAUUUAAUUUGGCCUUUAUUAAGUUCUUGCGCUUGUAAAAUAUUGAUGAACCUAAUAAAGGAAACUGUAUCUUUGAGUGUCGCUCAAGUUGUUUGAGAGCACAGUAGGUCAUGAUGAUGCAUUUUGUCCUAGUCCGUGUAUCUGGGCUUUCUUGUGUCAGUCAUGUUUUGCCACCAGGGAGCAGCAUUUUGGCAUGAAUGUAUAAAUCAUCUUACUGUACUCAUUCUGAUAUCUCUAUGACAUCUUUUUUCAUUUCAGGGAAAAUGACAUGCUGGUGAAAUAAACUUGUUUAAAUGG